AUUUGCAGCCCAAAAAGAGCUCGAACGGGCGCGACUCCGUUUCUAGACUGCGGGCUCUUCGCAGGCCUGUACGACGAGUCUCCCACCGUCCUGUUCGCCAUACUCGCUUUUUGGGUGCUCUAGGUUUCGCACCGAGUGGGAGGACGGACAUGGCCUCUGGCCCGGCUUCUGCUCCGGGCUCCGGCCGGCAGUUCAAUCUGGCGAAGGAGAGCGAGCUCAGGGUGGAAGUAGGCCCCGAUACUCCGCUCCGCGUCCGCCUCCUCUACGGCACCGCCGAGAUCUUCGGCACCGAGCUUCCACCGGAGAAUUGGGUCUCCAUCCCCCCUCGCCAAAAGCUCGCCAUUUUCACAUGGAAUGGUGCGACCAUCGAAUUGGAUGGAGUUAGCGAAGUUGAGUACGUUGCAGAUGAGACGCCUAUGGUGAGUUAUGUGAAUGUCCAUGCUAUUCUUGAUGGACGAAGGGUUCGUGCUAAAACAUCCCAAGGCAGCGACAAAGAUUCUUCCCAGGGUCCUCGAGUGAUUGUUGUUGGACCUACAGAUUCUGGAAAGAGUAGCUUGUGCAGGAUGCUUCUUAGCUGGGCUUGUAAACAGGGUUGGAAACCUACAUUUGUGGAUUUGGAUAUUGGUCAGGGGUCUAUAACAAUUCCUGGAUGUAUUGCUGCUACUCCAAUUGAGAUGCCUAUAGAUGCAGUGGAAGGAAUUCCUCUGGAAAUGCCACUUGUGUAUUUUUAUGGGCACACUACUCCAACUGUCAAUGCUGAGCUGUACAAAGUGCUUGUGAAGGAGCUAGCACGAACUCUGGAGAGACAGUUUUCUGGAAAUGCUGAAUCUAGAGCUGCAGGCAUGGUGAUCAACACCAUGGGAUGGGUAGAAGGUCUUGGAUAUGAGUUGCUUCUACAUGCAAUUGAAACUUUCAGUGCUGAUGUGGUUCUGGUCUUGGGACAGGAGAAACUUUGCAGCAUGCUGAAAGAGGUACUAAAGAGCAAGCCUAACGUUGAUGUUGUGAAACUACAUAAGUCAGGAGGUGUUGUCCUGAGGAAUACAAAGGUCCGCCAAAAGGCGAGAAGCUUUAGAAUCAGGGAGUAUUUUUAUGGGCUUGCCAACGAUAUGUCUCCGCAUUCAAAUAUUGUGAAUUUCAGUGAUAUUUCUGUCUACCGUAUUGGUGGUGGUCCGCAGGCGCCCCGAUCAGCACUGCCUAUAGGUGCAGAGCCUGUGGCAGACCCUACUCGGCUAGUUGCUGUUAACAUAAGCCGUGACUUACUCCAUCUAGUUCUGGCUGUUUCAUAUGCAAAGGAACCUGAUCAAAUCAUCUCCAGCAAUGUCGCAGGGUUUGUCUAUGUCACAGACAUAGAUAUCCAAAGGAAGAAGAUCACAUAUCUCGCACCAUGCCCAGGUGAACUCCCAAGCAAAUUUUUGAUAGUGGGAACUUUGACGUGGUUAGAAGGCUAAGCUUUUUUGAACAAUGGCAGCAAAUUCAAAAAUUUAGGGACAAGUAGCUUGUAGCAAGAAGGGAUUGCCUUCCUAUCGUUGUUUGAUGUUACUAGAACUUGAAGCAACUUAUGGUGCUAUGUUUUGGAAGAUGUCCUUUAGAUCAUAGUUCUUUGUAACUUGGGCUUCAAUGUAACCGAAUCUGGUCAAGAAAAGGAGGAUUUGCACGUACCAAUCAUGGAGUUUGGUGACGUGACUGCACUAGAAUUUUCAAAUGUUUUCUCUAUUCAUGGGUAUGAAUUGUCCUAUCUUCAAAUCUUA